GGCUGAUAAACUUCACUCAACUCUUUUACUCAAAGCCUCGGCAGAAGCCAGAAGCACCAGCCUCUUCUCAGCCUAUUUCUAAUACAUCUUCUACAUCUCUCUCUCUCUGUUGAUAUAUAUAGACACACUGCACGCACAGAUAUAUCUACUUGAUAGUGGUGUUGUUGGUUUAUAAAUUGGUAAUUAUCGAUGGAAAACCUAGCCCUAGUUUCUUCCCCGAAAAUGGUAGUGGGUUGGUCUCCCAACCCAAGAGAUACGGUCUCAAACAGGUACUCCUCUGGUAUUCCUCAUCUGUUCCGAAGGACUACCAGAAGAAGUGGUCGAGAAAUCUCUCUCACCAGAACCGCAACUUCCAUUUCAGCUCUCUCUCCGCCUCAGGGUAACGACGGUCAUGCCCCUCCCAGAACCACCAAAUUAAUUGUGUUAAAGAAGCUAGGAAAGGAAAGUUUUGCAAGCAUUACUUCUUCAACUAGUCAAGAAACAUCUUCAGUUGGUGUUAGCCCACAGUUUUCGGUGCCGCCUCCGUCGUCACACGUAGGGUCACCCCUCUUUUGGAUUGGAGUUGGUGUUGGCCUCUCAGCACUUUUUUCAUGGGCGGCUACGAACUUAAAGAAAUAUGCAAUGCAACAAGCUGUCAAGACCUUGAUGGGGCAGAUGGAUUCACAAAAUAACCAAUUCAAUAAUCCUGCCUUCUCCCCUGGAUCACCUUUUCCUUUUCCAACGCCCCCAGCAUCACGUCCAGCUACCUCAACUUCUCCAGUUGCGUCUCAGUCUGCAGUGACUGUAGAUGUAGCUGCGACCAAAGUGGAGAUCCCACCUGCCUCAGAUAUCAAAGAUGACACAGAACUAGAGAACAAACCAAAGAAAUAUGCUUUUGUAGAUAUUUCUCCUGAAGAAACUUUGCAGAAGAGUCCUUUUGAGAGUUUCAAAGAAUCAACUGAGACAGAUUCGUCAAAGGAUGCUCAGUUUGCCGACCAAGUUUUUCAAAAUGGAGCUGCUUCUAGACCAGGGAUAGGUGCUUCUGAUGGGUCCUCAUCUUCCCGAAAAGCGAAUCCUGUUUUGUCAGUGGAAGCAUUGGAGAAAAUGAUGGAAGAUCCGACAGUGCAAAAGAUGGUUUAUCCCUAUCUCCCGGAAGAGAUGAGAAAUCCGUCUACCUUUAAAUGGAUGCUACAGAAUCCACAAUACCGCCAACAACUAGAAGACAUGCUAAAUAACAUGGGGGGAAGCACUGAAUGGGACAGCCAUAUGAUGGAUUCCUUGAAAAAUUUUGAUCUUAGCAGUCCUGAGGUCAAGCAGCAGUUCGAUCAAAUUGGGCUUACACCUGAAGAAGUUAUUUCAAAAAUUAUGGCCAAUCCUGAUGUUGCCAUGGCAUUUCAAAAUCCUAGAGUUCAAGCAGCCAUAAUGGAGUGUUCUCAGAACCCUUUGAGUAUUGCAAAGUAUCAAAAUGAUAAGGAGGUUAUGGAUGUUUUCAAUAAAAUAUCAGAACUCUUUCCCGGGGUGACAGGUUCAUCUUGAUUCCCUUAGUUAUCGCACAGGUGCAGUUUUAGGAGGUGGAUAUGCUCUUUCUUUCCAGUUAGUUUGGUUAUUAAGAUUGCAAAGUGGCAGAUUAAGCACAUAUCUGCUCUUUAAUGGCCAUGUUUAUUGAGAUGAUUAUAGCUCCGUGUCAUGCAUAAAGAAGCCUACAAAUUCAAGACCAGCAUUCAGAAUGAUACGAGUUAAAAUCUUCAUCAGCCUUGCCAUAUUAUGUCAAUGUUCACAUAGAAUUGGUCUUUAGCUUUUGAGAUUUGGUUUUUGCAAGUUGUCAGCAAUUAAAAAUGUUGUUGAUCUCUUUUACUUUUGGAGUAACAAACUAGUACAGGCAUCAUAGAUUUCAUAAAAUGGUAAAUUUUCUUUUUUCUUAAAA